CAACGCUUCACCGCAUCCAUCGUCAUCCUUUUCUUUCCGUCUUUUCUUUCCUCUCUUCCUUCUUCUCACACCUUCAAAUUCACACUCUACACUCUUUACCUAUUUCUUAUUUCCACUCAUCUCGGCUAGCUACCUAGUUUUCCCCACUUCUCCUUUCACGACCUACCCAAAACAACCAAUUCAUAAUGAUCUCCAAGGUUGCACUCGGCGCUGCUGCCGCCCUCAUGGCCGGUGUCGCCAACGUCAACGCUCAGGUCACCGCCACCGGUACCAUGGGUCCCACCAACCCCUCUGAGCCUACUCUCGGUACUGCCAUCAACCAGACCUCUUACGCUCGAUUGCUCUCUCUUAAUGCCAUUGACGAUUUCUGUCUUUUUGCUCCCCCCGAGCCCGAUUCUGUGAUUGGUGAUACGGAGGCUGAGGAGGUCGCCUGGUGUGUCCAGCCCCGAAACAAUGCCCGAGUCAUCCCUGAUGGCGUCCUUACCGCCGUCCACUUUGUCAAGACUCCCCUGUACUGGCAAAUCCAAGGUUUCGGUGACUUUACCCAUCUUAACAUUCAAGACGGUGACGAGGGAGGUGAGCUUGACCCCCACGGUGCUACCGGUCUUGGUAACCCCGUCGGUGGUAACGUUACCACCAACGCCACUGGUUCGGACGUAUCUUAUGAGGAGUGGAUGAACUACAUGGCCUACGACCAGUUCUGUCUCCGAAUCUGUAUCUCUGAGAACUCCACCUACUCUGCUGCCAACGAGUGCCAGCACACUCUUGACGAGAUGGGAUGCAGCUGGGUCAUGCCCGGUGACUACACCAACAACUCUUUCACCGAGUGUGACGGUGACUCUGCCUACCCUCCCGGCUGGUACAUCCUUGCCAACGGCUCCACCUCUACCUUCCAGCAGCGAUACACCGGUACUUACACCAACGGUGACGGUUCUUUGGGCACUUGGACCCAGGGUGAGACUGUCACUCCUCAGACUGCCUACUCUACUCCUGCCACCUCCAACUGUAAGACCUACACCUCUGUCGGUAAUGGUAUCGCCUCUCUUGCUCUUUCCAACGCCGGCUCUGUCAACUCUACUGCCGCCGCCACUAACUCUUCUUCCGGCGGAGCUUCCGCCGCUGCUACCGGCUCUUCCUCUUCCGGCAGCACUGCUGGCUCUUCUGCUGGCUCUUCUGCUGGUUCUGGUUCUGGUUCUGCUGCUGCUGGCUCUACCGCUGCUGCCUCUUCCUCUGGCGACAGCUCGAGCUCUACUUCUGCCGCCAUGUCCAACGGCAUCAACUAUGGCACUGCCAUGGCUGGAGUGAUCAGCGUCGUCGCUCUCGUCGCCGGUGCGGGCUCCUUCUUGCUUUAAUCGAGUUGUGAUGUUUUCGACGACUGUUGACGGAUCGAGAUGAGUUGGAAGAGAUGGGAGGAUGUAUCUUGCUAUUUUAUCCCUACGAACUGUGCCCUUUUGUCUAUUUCAUUCCCGCCUUUGUUUAAAUUCGGGUACGCUCGCACAUAUGACCGUUAGGAAUGGACUUUAUAUACUUGUUGCUGCAUGGAUGUGCAUAGUCGCAUGGUUGCAUGAAACGCAGUGUCAGAAA